AUGGAGCUGGGAAAUGGCACAGCCAUGUCAGAGUUUGUCUUCCUGGGACUCACCCAGAGCCAGGAGCUGCAGGUUGUCCUGUUCAUGGUGUUCCUCCUUGUCUACAUCAUAACUCUGCUGGGUAACCUCCUCAUCAUGGUCACCGUGACCUGUGACCCCCACCUCCACACCCCCAUGUAUUUCCUGCUGCGCAACCUGUCUGUCAUAGACAUUUUGUGUUCCUCUGUCACACUCCCCAGGAUGCUGGUGGACCUUCUCUCCUCCACUAAUACCAUUACCUUCGGUGGCUGCAUGGCACAGAUAUUCUUCUUCCACUUCUUUGGAGGGGCCGACAUGUUCUUCCUGGGGGUGAUGGCGUACGACCGCUAUGUGGCCAUUUCCCGACCCCUGCACUACCAAGCCAUCAUGAACACCCGUUUGUGUGUGUGGCUGAUCCUGGUCUCUUGGGUGUGGGGCUUUGUGCACUCGGUCCUCCAACUCACUCUGUUGCUUCCAUUGCCGUUCUGUGGCCCCAGUGUCCUGGAUAACUUCUACUGCGACAUCCCCCAGGUCCUCAGGCUCGCCUGUGUGGAUACCUCCGUCCUGGAGAUCCUGAUGAUCUCCAACAGCGGGCUGCUCGUUAUCAUCUUGUUCCUCCUCCUCCUGGCAUCCUACACGGUCAUCCUGGGGAUGCUGAGGUCCCAUUCCAAGGAAGGGAGAAGGAAGGCCGCCUCCACCUGCACCUCCCACAUCAUCGUGGUCUUCGUGCAAUUUGUGCCAUGUAUCUACAUCUACGCCCGACCCUUUACCCCAUUUCCCAUGGACAAGGCGGUCUCCGUCUGUGAUACGGUUCUGCCCACCAUGCUGAACCCCAUGAUCUACUCCUUGAGGAACAGGGAGGUGAAAUUAGCUAUGAAGAGGUUAAAGAAGCGACUUUUACAGGCUUGA